AUGUUUCGCCUGCUACCCUGGCCCUCUGCGAUCGGAGGGGACAAGGUAAUGACUGAGGAAGUCAAAAUGCUGGCUCCCUCAUGUGCCCCCGUCAAUGUCAACGUCAACGGCCUCUCCCUGCCGCCCAUGUUAAAGCGCAAGCGUUCGUCCUCAUCAGCGACUGACGCGCCCGCUGCAACCAAGGUGCGCACCGAGGAGUCCACGCGACCGGUACAAUCUGUCCCUUCGAUGCCUCCAACGCCCUCUCCGUCCGUCGCGCCCUCGGUCGAUGUCGCUGCGACUUCGGUUGCGCCAUCCCCAACCGCCACCAUGGAGAUUGAGCGUCCGCCGGCGCAGGCCGCCAGUGGGAAGCCAAGUGUCAACCACAUCCGGGAUACGAUCACCGCCCAGCUCAGUCUGGAGGUUCUCCUCAAGCACAACGAGCUACGACUGAUCGACCAGGAGAUCGCCAAGUGCCAGAUCGCGCUGGAGCAACUUCGUCGCUGCGCGGAAAUCCCCUAUCCAGGGUCUGCGGUCGCCGGAGUCUCCGCCGACGUCAGCUCUGGUGUGGGCGCCUCAGUGCUACAGCCUGGAAAUGGCCCAGCACCCAUGUCGCCCGCGCCCUGGGGUGUCGCCGAGGGUCCCUACUCGCGUCACUAUAAGCAGUGGCUCAUCCCCGAUCCUCGGUUCGACGGUGGCCUGGCGGAAGCGACUCCGGUCUCGGGUGUGUCCGGCAUCCCGCUGGAAGGUGGCCGGUCAACACGUGGGAACCCGAUCGACUUCAGUCAGUUGGCUGGAAAGAGCCGACCGUCGCGUACGUCUACGGGUGCGAAGAUGCAAUCCCUGCCGCAAAUAUACCCGCCCCCACGAGAGAAGGCUGGUCCCAUGGUUAUUCGACGCAAGUCGGACGGCCUGAUGGUCAAGCUGGUCUGUCUCGAUUGCAAACGGGAGAACUUUUCCAGCACCCAAGGGUUUAUUAAUCAUUGCCGUAUCGCGCACAACCGGAACUUUACCAGCCACGAGGCUGCGGCCAUUGCCUGCGGUGCCGCGGUCGAUUUGGAUGAUGCCGGCGUGGUUGUUGGUGGUGCUCGAUCUGAGCCGCAGAGUGCUGUUGCCACCCCAGGCACUGUUCACCCUCUGAUUCAAUCAGUUCAACUACCGCCCCCGAGCGCCAUUCCAUCUUCGCCCAAGGAUUUGGCCACGCCACGCAAACCUUCGGAAGUCAACUCCACUGCGGCUGUUGCCACUCCUCCUGCGAUGGUGAAGCCAGCCUCUGAACGGCACCGCCAAUCAGAGCCGGUGAAGGCGAAGACCAACCCUUCGUUCCUCGCUUCCCCUGCGACCCCUCACCUGUCUGCUCUUAUGCGUCAGCGCGGAUUGGGCCUGAACCUGGACAAGUUGGUGGAAGAGGCCAAGACCCCAGUUGAUCUGAGCAGCCUCCAGGGUCCUGCGGCAGCCCGUCAGCCUAUGCGGAUGCCUACAGCCCAGGCUGCCUCUGAGCGGACUGAGAGCCGCAAGGGUAUCGAUAGAGCGCCCCAUGAGCCCCAACUGCAACACGAGAUGACUCCUUCACGGCCGCAGCCCCCAUCUUUCCUCAACUUCCCGUUCCACGGCCACCUCCCGGCCGGGACACGUGAAGGGGAUGGUCUGGACCACCCUGCCAAUCUCAGCCCUCAUACGAUAGAGUCCAACCAGGCACCCAGCUUGGUCAGUGACGAUGAGGAUGACUAUGAGGCCGCCUCCGACUCGGACAGCCCUAGUUCAUCUGAGGCCGAUGAGCAGGAGCAGGAAUUCCGCCACAUCGAGGUGGCAGAUGACGAGCGCAACACUGCGCAGUCUACUACCACUUCCGAGCCCAAGCCCGGGCCGUCCCUGAACCCUACACCUCAGGCUGCCCCCAUCGCGCAUCCUCUGAAACGGAGCCGGUCCAAGCGAUCCGUGUUGCCCUUCGAUCGCGACGAGGACGAUCAACGCAUGAGCUUCGUCCACCCCAACCAGGAUGCAUCCAAGCCGAAGCGUGCGGAUCCCAAAAAAUAA